GUUCUCAACAAUUAUUUAAAAUUUAAAAUAUCACUUUUUCAUCUGCCUCCGUUAAGAUUUCUUGUUUAUAAGACUUAAACAACUUCUGGAAGAAUGAUCAUUAAUUUGAUAAACAGAUAGUUAUUCCAGUGUAUAAGUGAACCGUCUUUCAUGUGUUUAUCACUUUGUUCAUGUUUAAGAAGAUCCAAUCUUGUUUUUUAAAUUGGGCUGGUUCUACAUUUCAUUUGUAGAUGGCAAGUGGAAAACUCGCGUAUUUGCCGCGGCAGCGUACUCUCUUUGCGUUGUGUUAAAUAAUUGUGGUGAAAUCAUCAGCUUGGUACGUCAUCUUUUAUUUCUGGCAUAAAGGGUGAAAACAGUCAGUCCAUUUUGGAGCAACACACACACACAGGUCUGACGCUGAAAAUAUAAAGUAAAUAACAGUACAGAUAAUGAUAGAAUUAAUAUAAUCAAAUUAAUCAACGGCGGACCUCCUAACUUGUACCUACCAUAAGGAGAGCAGAGCCUGACUGUUGCUCACCGGGGUUUACGACACAAAUCAGCAGGGGUGUUGCAUUUAAUGACCAUACGAUAAAUUAAGGGUUUUCUUACCUGAUGUGUAUUAAACUCUUUUGUAUGGCAGGUGGAACCAUAUAUUUAUAACUCUGUUACACAUUUUAUUCCAUACAUAUUUGUUUUUGCGCUGGGGCCAAUCGCCUCAAACCCAUGCAGCACCAUUAGUCGCAUUAAUGGUAAGAAGUAUUUUAUGUAUGGAUAGUAUAACACCGUUAAUAAUUAAAAAGAAAAUAACUUUUAUACCUUUACUUAAUUCUUCAGAAACGUAUUAUACUACAUUCAGUUGUAUUCAGAGUAAAAAAAAAGGAUGGCUCUCACAGAAAUACAUAUUAAAAUAUGUGACUUUUUUGGCUCUCUCUGCUGAAAAUGUUCCUGACCCCUGCUCUAUGGGUAUGUCGUUCACUGGAGGAUCACCACUAGUAAUUCUGGGUGAUCUUUGAUGUUUAUCAGGAUGUUUUAUACACUUCACAGAAGACUGUCGGUUUAGGUCAGCCCACACUAAUAGGUACUCUCAAAUAGAACCUUUAGAGCAGCCUGUACCACAUGGGCGGCGUAAGAGAGGAGCGCUUCUUUUUUACUGCCCCCUCAAACAGUCUGUUGGAGUGUUUCUGUAGGCAGGUAAGGAUGAUAAACUCAGUAUCUUCACAUUCCUCCAACAUCCUGUGCUGUAGGUUUUCACCAAACCUCAGCUGGAGCUCAUGCACCACGUCUUUAGCCAGGGACUUGGACUUUUUGAGUUGUGGUAGAUGACCUUCAUGAGUGAUGUUCUGCACCGAUCGGUCCACAAGCUGGUUAAUGUGUCUGGCUCUUUCCACAUCAGAGAGCUGUGUUAGUGCGCCAGUCCUCCGCAGGAUGUGGUAGACCGUGGUGUUCAGGAAGUUACGGACCUGUGGAGAGAGAUCUGAUCCAAACUCCUGCUCCUGGUCUACUUUUGGACAUGGAACAGACCUCAUGGUCACUGCGGUGUAGCAGGAGUUUGUAGUUUCCUUCGGAAAAUGUAAAGACGAAACAUGAUUUCUGUGUUGAUGAACUUUAGUGCAUUUGUUUGAAUUAUAAUGAGUGUCUUUGAUCUCACAGAUGAUGUCAUGGUCAGAUACAGUCGCUCAGAAAAAAACGACCAGGUCUGCAGGUCUGAUGUAUUUUGCUUGUCAGACUUUCUUUGUCAAACAGACAGACUUUUAUAGCUGUGUAAAAGAUACAUUAAUAUAUACUGUAAUUGAAGGAUGAGUGGCUUGUUCCUCCUAGUUUUUGCACCAAGAUUUCACCACUAGAUGGAGACACGUUUCAAGACUGAGUCAGUGUAAUGUGCAGCCAUUUAUAAAAAGCAACAUCUGAGAAGCCAGGGAGGGCAUAGCAGUGAGGUGACAAGUGAAGACGCUCUUGUUCAUCUGAGGAUCAGAUCAUCCAUGAUGGACGCUCUGAAGACGUUGUUGUUGUUGUUUUUUCUUCACACAGCCACCAGUCUGCCGGUUCCUGAGCCGUGUGAGCAGAAGGUGGUCCGUUUGGAAGAAGAGCUCCGAGGCCUGGUCCGUGUGAUCAGUGACCAACAUCAUUACAUCCUGGAGCUGCACAGGCUCCACAGCCAGCAGCUGGAGAACAUUCCCAACUCCCACCUUGGUCCCGACAACCUGUACAAAGACUGUUCUCAAGUGUUUGCUGAUGGGAACGUAGCCACUGGUAUCUACGUGGUUCGUCCUGAUGGUUCUCCAACUGCUCUGACCGUUUACUGCGACAUGAGCAACGGUGGAGGAUGGACCGUGUUCCAGAGACGGAGAGACGGCAGUGAGAACUUUGACAGAGCGUGGGUGGAGUACAAACAAGGCUUUGGAGAUCUCUACUCACCUGAUGGAGAAUUCUGGCUGGGCAACGAACCUAUUCAUCAUCUCACCUCACAAGGAAAUUAUGAUUUGCACAUCGACCUGGAGGACUUUGACGGAAACCAUCGCUACGCUGAGUACAAGAACUUCAGAGUGGAUGGUGAGAAGGACCAGUUCCAGUUACAUUUAGGAGAAUACAGCGGAGACGCCGGGGACGCUCUGGCCACUGUUGGGUCAGCUUCCAGGCCAAGUGGAGUCAAGUUCAGCACCUUUGAUCACAUGACCCAUGACAGGGACAAAGACAGCGACACUAAUUGUCUCUCGCACUCUCUCUCUCUGCACAGGUGUGACUCAGGAAAUCUGAACGGUCACUACUACAACGGGCCGUACCAGGCCAUGACCAGUGAUGGGGUGGUGUGGUACACGUGGCACGGUCUGUGGUACUCCAUCAAAUCUGUGGUCAUGAUGGUGAGAGCCGCUGAGCUCCAGCAUCCAUUGGUACGACAACUUGGCAACGAGGCACCAGGUGGUGCUGUUGAUUCACGCUCUGACCAGUAAGCUAACUGUACAUACCCUAGAUUGGACAAGAAUGUAGAUUUGCUGCUUGGAGGGUGGAGCUUUGAGGGUCAGACAGGAGUGCUCCACUGAUUUGGAAAAUCAUUCAAGUCGAUGAAAAAAUUAAGCAAAUGUUUCUUUAACCAAUAAAACCAGUUAACAAUGAAUCUGUGUCUUCUAUUGAAUAUGAAGAUAAGCGUAAUUGUAAUUCUCAUUCUUAUAUUUUAGUAUAUAUUUAUAUAAAGUUUUAAGACUGGUGGAAUAUUCUUAAUGGUGUUUACGAUGGUUUCAGAACUUAUUUUGAGCUUUAAUUUUUCGUAAAGAUAGUUUGACAGUUGCCACUCAGGUGCUCUGAGCAUGGCACCGUCCCCACACACUGCUCCCCGGGCGCUUAAAGCUGGCCACUGUUCACUUUGGUGAUGGGUUAAAAGCAGAGGUCACAUUGUGUGCUGUGUCACAAUGACGAGUAGUUCACUUUCCUUGAUAAAAAAUAGUACAAAUCCUGCUGAGAAAUGUGUUAUAAAACAUUGUUCUGAAUUUUUCGUAACAAAAAUCCUAAUUUAGCAUGUUGUUUUUGGUACGAUGUUGAAAAAUAUAAUGAAAUAUUUUGAAAAAUUGUUUUAAAUUUUAACAAUUUUAUUUUGCCUGCAUGAUUCUCAAUUAAUUGAAGCAUU